AAUUAAUAAUUAUAUAUUUAUAUAUAAAGUUCAACAUAUUAGGACAGUGUCAGUGAUUUAGAGUAUGAUCCAAUUUUUUUGGCAAUGAGCCGACUGUAGAUGGUGAGCAUUUACGAGGCAGAACCACUUUGUGUAUGACGUUGCCCGGAAGAGGGCGGGACACAAGAGAUAGGAAGAGUUAGCCAGCUCCACCAGCGCUGAGGAGAGGGCCGGACUGGAGGUCUGGGCUGGGUACGUUACACCACACACCGACGUCCAAGGCAGCUCAACACAAGGAACAAACAUGUAUCAAACGCAGUUUAUAAGAUGUUGCAAAUUAUUUAUCUACAUUUGUACAAUUUGACAUAUAAUGCAACAACUGGAAGUUCCACCUUAGUGUUCCACAAGGCGGCCUCUGCACCGCCCUCUGGGAAAACACCAAUGUGGCGCCCGGGAUACCCGGCCGCCUCUAUAAUUCUAACAAACAUUUCCUCUCUGAAGCUAUCCUUCAAGGGAUUUUCAAAAUGAUUCAGUAUGAGUGCGUGUGUCAUCCUCCCGGGUGCACCGAGCGAGGACGUUGUUACGUCAGCUGUGUCUCCGCCAGUGUCCAACGAGGCCAGCAGGGUGCCAGCAGAGUGCCAGCAGGGUGCCAGCAGAGUGCCAGCCGCUAGUCAUCCACCAGCCCUCUUCACCUGCUCUCGACUCCCUAGCAGGACUGGCAGACUCCACAGGAUUAGACAAAUUUUACAAAUUUAAUCAGAGCGUCUACAAUGUAUCCGCCAAGUGUCAUUGUGUAUCUCGAGAAGCCGUCUCGGGUCUAACAGAACUCAACCAGGCAUUAUAUAACACAAGAGUAUCCUCAGCACCUUGGUGACUUAAUUCAUCUGAGUUUCCAGGAGCAGCUUGUAUUGUUUCCAGCGUGUUUGGUUCAUCUUCAUGACAAAAACAUACAUCGUUCGGUUAAGUGUGUUCACCUGCCAUAGUUGCCAUGAAGACUCCCGCAGGUCCCGCCUCUUUACAGCACAUCAAUACCGUCCUGCCCACCCAUAGUCCACACCUGCAGCCUCCCCUGCCUCAACCACCUCAACUCCACCCCAGCCUGCUGCAGAACCCACUGAUGCUGGCCAGCCUACUGCUGCUGGUGGGGUCCCACAACCCCGACGACACCCACUGGGCCUCCCUCAGGCGUGACGACCACCUCCACACACUGCUCUCACACAACCUUCGCACCAUCAAUGACAUCAAUGAAAACCUCGCUAAAACUCUCCACCGACGUCAGCAACCAACAGCUCAGCCUCACCACCUCUCCACAGAAGGUCCCGUUGAGGCAGAGGAGCCCAACGGGUGUACGAACCGGCCAGUAAGAGAUGCCCCAGAGUCUCUCUCCUCCGGGUUCGUACCCCUUCAAGAGUCCGUGGUGGGCCUUCAGGAGGCGAUUGUGCACCGUCGGAUGAAGAAGCAACCCGCACCAGCCGUGGGGAAGGUGCUACAGUCGCUGACCGUGGAGAUGGAGAGGCAGCGUGGUCGCCUUGAGAAGCUCCGCAUGCAGAGAGAGACAACCGCUCACCCCCACCAAGCGAGGCGGUGCAGCGAGCCGUUCCUGGUGCUGGGAGAAGAGUGCCUCUACCUGAGCCACAAGAGGAAGCUGGGGUGGCACGGUGCCUCUUCCGUGUGCCAGGAGAUGCAGUCCACCCUGGCUGAACCUGCCAACGUCACCGCCCUCGCUGCUAUCAUCAGGGCCUUCAGUGGUGCCAACAAGCGCUACUGGCUGGGGGCUUCCGACGAGCUCUCUGAGGGUGACUGGAGGUGGUCGUCGGGUCGGGCUGUGAGAGACGGUGACUGGCGGGCGGGGCAGCCCAGUAACACGAGUCGUAGCGGCCAAGUCCAGGACUGUCUGGCGCUGGUGACCGUGGAGAACAACCGUCCGCCCCUCGACGACUACUCCUGCUGGAAGAAGAGGGAGUUCAUCUGCCAGCGGGACCUCGACUGUUGACUCGGAGACCUUUGAUUCUUCUCAACACAACGACGUCUGACUUCACCACCCACAUCAACACGACGACGUCUGGCUUCACCACCCACAUCAACACAACGACGUCUGCCUUCACCACCCACAUCAACACGACGACGUCUGACUUCACCACCCACAUCAACACGACGACGUCUGACUUCACCACCCACAUCAACACGACGACGUCUGACUUCACCACCCACAUAAACACGACGACGUCUGACUUCACCACCCACAUCAACACGACGACGUCUGACUUCACCACCCACAUCAACACGACGACGUCUGACUUCACCACCCACAUCAACACGACGACGUCUGCCUUCACCACCCACAUCAACACAAGUGUAUUUGUUUACAUACAAAUAAUGCGUGGGAAAUACAAUACGUCUUAAUUAUAUUAUUAUACGGCCCUCUAUGAGAUGUUCUGUGUACCAGACUGAGAGAUAAGGUCAUGCUUCAAUGGCUGAGGUUUAAGGCAUUUAUUACAAAAAAUAAGUAUUAGGAUUUCUUUAAGAGAAUUUAAAAUUGA